GCGCGGCGGCCGCCGCCGGAGGAGCCCCCGCCCCUGCGCGCCUCCCUCCCCGGAGCCGGGCCCCUGCCUCCCUCCGUGCGCGCUGCUGCUCGCGGCCGCCGCGGCCGCCGAAGAGGAGCCCGGGGCCAGUCUGCUCCCAAGCCUGGCUCGGGGCCGGGCGGCGGCGGCGGCGGGAGAUGCCCGGGCGGCCAGCGGAGGUCCAUGUGGCGCGCUAGGUGGGAUCCCGGUGUCCUGAAGGCAGAGGCCCUGGCCCUCCUGCCCUGCGGCCUGGGCAUGGCGUUCUCCCAGUCUCACGUGAUGGCUGCUCGGAGGCACCAGCACAGCCGACUCAUCAUUGAAGUGGACGAGUACAGCUCCAACCCCACCCAGGCCUUUACCUUCUACAACAUCAACCAGGGCCGCUUCCAGCCGCCGCACGUGCAGAUGGUGGACCCCGUGCCUCACGAUGCCCCCAAGCCUCCUGGCUAUACCCGCUUCGUCUGUGUGUCUGACACCCACUCAAGGACGGACCCCAUCCAGAUGCCCUACGGCGACGUGCUCAUCCACGCCGGUGACUUCACGGAGCUGGGGCUCCCGAGCGAGGUGAAGAAGUUCAACGAGUGGCUUGGCAGCCUGCCCUACGAGUACAAGAUUGUGAUUGCCGGCAACCACGAGCUGACCUUCGACCAGGAGUUCAUGGCUGACCUCAUCAAGCAGGACUUUUACUACUUCCCGUCGGUGUCAAAGCUGAAGCCAGAGAACUACGAGAACGUGCAGUCCCUGCUCACCAACUGUAUCUACCUGCAGGACUCGGAGGUCACCGUGCGUGGCUUCCGGAUCUACGGCUCGCCGUGGCAGCCCUGGUUUUAUGGCUGGGGCUUUAACCUCCCUCGAGGCCAAGCACUGCUAGAGAAAUGGAACCUCAUUCCCGAAGGCGUAGACAUCCUGAUAACCCACGGACCACCACUGGGCUUCCUGGACUGGGUCCCCAAGAAGAUGCAGCGGGUGGGCUGCGUGGAGCUGCUCAACACAGUGCAGAGGCGCGUCCAGCCGCGGCUGCAUGUCUUUGGCCACAUCCACGAAGGCUACGGUGUCAUGGCAGAUGGGACCACCACCUAUGUGAACGCGUCCGUGUGCACCGUGAACUACCAGCCUGUGAACCCACCCAUAGUCAUUGACCUCCCCACACCCCGGAACUCCUGACUGCCCCCGCUGUCUCAGCCCUUCCUGCCCACAUCAGCUACAUCCGCCUGGCCGAGAGCACGGACCCCAACCACCCUUCCUUCCACGCAGACAACCUGUCUGGCCGCGGGGACCAGCCCAGCAGAUGGGUUGAGGCCUUGGAAUGAAGAAAAACUCCCCUGACUCUUCGGCCUCCGUCACCUGGAGUCAGGACCCUGGGGGUCCCUGUCAGGGGUUCUGUGCUCGUGACUGUCUUCUGCGUGUACAUUCCCGUGUGUACCUUGUCAAACGACCUAACAAGCUUGCGGUCCUGUCCUGCUUGGGAACUGACAGACUCCUCAUUCUUCUCAGUUGGACACCCUUGUGGGUUUGGGAAGCCGCUGCUCCUGGACACAUUUUGGAAGUUCUCGCACAAAAUCUCCCUCUGAGGGUUUGUGAGCCCACACAGGCUGCGAGCCCCAGGGCUGGUGGGGCGGGGGGGGGGGUAGGUUUUCUAGCCUGGGUGCAAGGAGCCCGCCAUUUCCUCCCGGGCCGGAGAGGAGACAGGCCUGUGUCACAGCCAAGGCCCUGGAGGGAGCGAUCAGGGACGUCUCAGGAAUUCGGACCGCACCUGGCCAGGCCAGCAAGCCGUCUGCCUUGCCUUGUGACUCUGCUUUCUUCCUGUGGGCAUCUAGCCGUCUUGAACAAUGGCCUGAGCAUCCCAGGCGCUUGCUUGGAGCCUGGAUUUUGGGGGGUGGGGGUGGUUCUACAGAACAAGCCAUGUGAGUGCCCAGGACCAGAUGGAGGGUCCCCAAGUCAUGGACGGCCCCGAUCCGUGGGGGCUGCUCGGCCCUGCAGAACUCAGCAGGCCGGAGGGGCCGCAGACCCAGGCCGGGUGUAUGCGCCCAUGUGGGGGUGCACAGACCUACACACACACACAUACACACACACACGUCCUUCUUACCUUAAUGGAGUGGACCUCAUGUUUCUCAUUACUGCCCUCGAAUGGGGUUCCAUCCUCAUGCGGGUUCCCCACACACCGUUUGGGUUCUGUGUCUGGGCCCACAGCUGAAGAGGCUGAGUGCUUCCUGGCCCUUACCUGUGCCAGUCUGUUGUGCUGACGGGAGGGUGGCAUGGUGGCAGAGCAGGCCCUGGGCUCUGGCCGCUUCACGCAGGGGGACUUCUUUUUUUCCUUUGAAUUAGGACUGGGUGGGGGGUUGAGGCUGAAUCUGUGAGGGAUCCCGAGGGAGCCAGCAGGGUCUCACCACGGUGAGGCAAGAGAGGCAGGAUGGCCACGUGCAGGGUCAGAGUCUGUCUUUAUUCAAAAUUUUGAUAUUUUGUUCAUCGUGGCUAUUUUUCUGAAUAGAUUUUGAUUUUUAAAAACAUUGGAUUACCUGGCACCACUGAUAUCUAUUGCUGAGAGUUUUGGUGCCUUCUGAAAUUGUGCACCAGAGAGGAGGCUGGCUCACUUCCCCCUAGGCCCAGGCCUGGCAGCCAGCCCCUAACACGCCCUCUUCUCUCAUUGUCUCAGGCGGUCCUGCAAGAUCAGCAUGGUUGGCCCCAUUUUGGAGACAAGGGGCUCGAGAUCAGAGAGGUGACAUAACUUGCCUGAGGGGACACAGCUCAAGAGGGGCAGAAGCAGGACGUGAGCCUUGGUCUCUGGCUUCAUAGCCUCUGCUUUGCCACCGCCCAAAGCUCUGCCCUCACAAGGCCACACAGGGUCCCCAGGCUCCUUUUUUUCCCUUAAGGGUCCUGUUCAGAGCCUCUCUGAUUUGUUGCUCAUAGAGAGUCCCUGGAGCACUGUGGGAUCCCGUAGUCUGAGCCCAGCGUCCCGGGAAACCCUGAGUCCUUGCCCACUGGCACAGGGCUCCCCACGGGGCGAGGGGCACCGUCCGUGAGGGGAGCCCAGCAGCAGCACCACCGCACGGACCAGGGCUAGCCGCGCCCUGGGGGGGUGAGGACUUCAGGAAUCUGGCCAAGCUGUUCCUGGUGGCCGAGGAUGUUUACAAGGUCUCUGGGGAAGGCCAGGUGCAGGGCACAGGUGCACGCGCGGGGUGGAGAAGACACAGGCCCUUUUAGUCACCUCUACCGAAUUUCUAUUCGGACCAAGAACCAUAAACUUCAAAAAAUUUUUUCCUAAGGUAUCUUCAGAAUAUGGUGUAUUUUUAUGGGGAAAAGUUAUGAAGGCAGCUGUUACUUUGAAAGAAAAUUCAUUAAAAGUCCUUGAGGUAUGAAAGAUGAUGGCGUGCUCCUCAAUCAUUUUGGCAUAACUUGAUUGUGGCUGUAAUUUUUUUUUUUUUGUCAAGCAUG